AUGACCGGGCAGCUUUCUGGUUUUACUAUUCAUGUCAAAGAGGUUGCUUCUGUGCGUGAGUCCAUGCAUUCUCUCAUCCACAGAGAAAGACUGCUCUGGGAGGAGAUGGAAGGAGAGCACAAACACUGUCUGAAGACCCCCCCUAUCAUAGAUUUUGGAAAGAUAAUCAUUUACACAAAUAACCUGAAAAUCAUUCGAACCCCAAUGGAAAAGAGGGACUUCAUGAAGAAAAUUCUCCAGAAGGGAGAGGAGGCUGACGGAGAGUCUCUGAUGAGCAAGGAAGAAGGCUAUGGAGACAGAGACCAGAAUGAUGGGUCUUUGGUGGAGGCAGAAGGCGCGCUCCCCCCUGGUCGGUACACACAGGAUGGGGAGCUUCCUGAGGACAACUGUUUCCACUGUCGAGGGUCCGGCAGUGCUACCUGCUCUCUGUGCCAUGGCAGCAAGUUCUCAAUGCUGGCUAACAGAUUUAAGGAGUCCUACCGGGCCCUGAGGUGUCCUGCCUGCAACGAAAAUGGCCUGCAACCUUGUCAGAUUUGCAAUCAAUAGCUGUGGUUCUUCCAUGUCCACUUUUAUUGCACCCUUCCUAAUAUUUUUUCUAAUAAACUGUCCCCUCCUCUCUGCUCUCUUAGCAAGGAAGUCAAUGCAAUUGCAGUUGCUUCCACUGCUAGCAAAACUCAGUUAUUGGAUGACAUUUCAUGAGGCUGGAAACAUCUCCAUGUAGGUCUAAGUAGCAGGGGCAUUUUCUAAUUAGUCAGAUUUGAGACUGGUUCUAAAAUGAUCUUCCCAGAAAUGUGUGCAUAUAUCUCAUUUUAUAUAGCUGAGUUUUCUCCUUGCACCAGUGAACAAAUAAAUGUACACUUCAGGCAGCAGGUUAAAGUCAUUUUCUGGUAGGGAGUUAUUUUGCAAAAUUAUUCAAAGAGAAAGGAAUAAAAAGAUUUCUGAUGAACUGAAUUCCUGUUACUUAUGGUGCAUCUGAAAUUGUCGUUGGUCAAAUUGAAUUUUUAAUUAAGCAGAAGAGGGAAGGGACAGCUAAUGGUGAAUACUCUGGCAGGCCACAACAAGCAAAAACAGUGUGCUCAUUCUGGAGAGAGGCAAGCUGAGCAGACCCUUCCUUCCUUCCAAGUCUCUUCUGAGUGCUGCUCUUGGGUAACAUCCAUGCAGGCUGAGAACAGUACCAGUUCCUUAGGUCAAGAUGAGCUAAGACAAUGUUGCCUGCCUCUAACAGUUGAGGUUACAAGCCAAGUCAAAGGCACUUAUAAAUUUGGUGCUCGAGUAUGUGUGUAUGAUGAGACUUCUUCCAGUCUCUGAAUGAUUACCAAAUAAACAAAUCUGUUGUAAGCAUGAUAAUUUAGCCACAAUUUCUUUGUAAAGGACUGCAGAUAUGUUACAGGUAUCUACUGGAAACUUCUGAGAGAGAAACUAACCAAUGCUGAUUUUUAGCAGUUACAAUUCUACUGUUUAUGGAUGCACUUAGUAAGGAUGAUUCUUUCCUCUCAAAGUUGGUCAGAAAAAUUUAAAAAACACUUUUGUUAAUAAACUUUUGUAUCUCUAACACCCACUCCCAUAUCCCUUGAGAAUAAUAUUGCAAAAUCUGUUAUCUCCCAUGCCCUUGUGAAUAGCACUGUAAAAGCUGUUGCCUAUUGAGGCUUGUUGCUUUUCUAGGAUAAUGAUUUUGAUUUCAUAACUCAAUGAUUUUUCAAUAUUUGUUUAUUAUUCUCUAAUAGUCAGCUGCUAAAAUAAUA